ACCAGAGGGUGGCGCUGGCGCAACACGUGACGUCACAUGUCAGCUACCGAAGAAGAAGAAGACGCCCCUUCCGUGUUGUGACUCAAAAAAUGAGCGAGUUGUUAGCACGAACGGCCUAAUAAUAUUUCUCGUUUUAAGUGCGUGAAUUUAACAUUCACUCACAGUUUAACUCGUUUUUGAGUGAAUGUUAAAUUAAAAAAAACUCACUUUAUAACACGUAUGACGUUGAAUGUCGGCUAGCUAGCUGCAUGACGGACUUGUUGGGAGUUGUCUAAAGAAGAGCAACCCCACAAAGGUCGGCAGGUAAGCGGGGACAUAAUCCUCCUUUUACCCGCCAGGAUGUUCUUCAUCGUCCUCUUCGCCUACCUGACCUUGGCUUGGAGUCAGGAGGCGGACGACGACUGGGUGGACCCGUACGACAUGCUCAACUACGACUCCACCACCAAAACCAUGCGGAAGCCCGUUGAGCCAGCGAGACAUUUUAAUGGAGAAACUUCCGGAGACGCGAGCGUUCACGACCCUGGUCAGACUGAGAUGACGUCAUUGUGCAAGAAACAAGUGGCCGAUUUACGAACUCAGAUUCAAGUCAGAGAGAAGAGAGUGGAGAGCCUUCUGCAGCAGCCCACCUGCAACCCAGUCUUUAAAAGGUUCAUCAGGAGACUUGUGAAAGACAUCAACAGACUGGGAUUGCCUGCAGACUCUACAGAGCUGCAUUACGACGCCCACAUCAAAGUGUCCAGACCAGGCGUGUCAGAGAUGGAGAUGUUCCUGGAAGGAGAAGAGAGCUGGCAAACAGGAGCUCUGGACAGCGCCCUCAGCCAGCUUCUGGUGGACCUUCGAGCGCACGACUAUCCAGCCUGGAGGUGGCGCUUUGAAGACACCUUUGGCGUGGAGCUGGACACGCUAUUGAAGUUGUCGCUGGUAGUUCUGGUCCUGGUGGUGGCCGUGAGCACAGAGCUGUGGUCUUGCAUCUCCUGGUUUGUGCAGUUCAAGCGCAUCUUCGUCGUCUGCUUUCUAGUCAGCAUCGUGUGGAACUGGCUGUACCUGUACAAGACCGCUUUUGCCGAGCACCAAAAGAACAUGGUGAUGAUGGACAGCAAGAACGACAAGUGCACGGGAGUGAAGGCCAUUGACUGGAGUGAUAAUCUGAAAGAGUGGUUCAGAAGCACGUGGACUUUGCAGGACGACCCUUGCAAGAAAUACUACGAAGUCCUGAUGGUGGACCCCAUUCUGCUGGUACCUCCCACCAAGGCCAUUUCAGUAACCAUGACGACCUUCAUCACUGAGCCACUCAAACACAUCGGCCGCGGGAUCAGCGAGUUCCUCCGAGCGCUCCUCCAAGAUCUCCCAAUCACCCUGCAGAUCCCAGUCCUCCUCACCAUCGUGCUUUCCAUUUUGGUGUUCAUGUACGGAAGCGUGCAGGCGGCCUUCCGCUACGGCAUCACCGCACCUCUACGCCAUCGAACUGAUCCACCGCUCCCAGAACCGGAUCAGCCUGGUCACCGGGCAAUCGAGGACCGGGGUCGCGCAGAGGAAGUGAACGCACGUCCACGCUCUCCACAGAUCCGUGGUAACGAGGACUCGUCGCCCACGAACAGCUCUCACAGAGCCCGGGGAGUUGACAGCAGGAUGUUUGUGGAGACGCUACGCACGGCGAGUACGCACGGUGAGUCCGAGUUGGACAGGAGACAGCGCGUGGAGAUAGGUCAGGGGGACAACAGUCCCUCAGCCACCGAGAGCUGGGCGGAGACCCAGGAAGGACAAGGUGUGGUAUCUCAGCAUGACACCAAAACAAAGGAACUAGUGGGCAGCAUUGAUCAGCAGAAACACGCACUUGAAAAUGGUGUGGCAUCUCAGCAUGACACCAAAACAAAGGAACUAAUAGGCAGCAUUGACCAGCAGAAACACACACCUGAAGAUGGUGUGGCAUCUCAGCAUGACACCAAAACAAAGGAACUAGUGGGCAGCAUUGACCAGCAGAAACACACACCUGAAGAUUGUGUGGCAUCUCAGCAUGACACCAAAACAAAGGAACUAGUGGGCAGCAUUGACAAGCAGAAACACGCACCUGAAGAUGGAGGCAAGGAACAAACGACCUCAAGUGGAGACUCAACAUGUUUGAGGGACGUGGAGACGCUUCGCACACUAGUGCAGGAAACAUCCUGACAAUAACACUCACUUUCUGUAUUAAGCAACUAUCAAUAAACUCGUAAUUCAUCUGACAGUAACACUCACUUUUUGUACUAAUCAACUAUCAAUAAACUCAAUCAUUGUGUUGCUUUCUUGCAAACUUUGCACACAACAAAUGCUUUCAAUCAUUUUUCAAAGCAAUUGUUUUUCUCUCUGAUUGAUUCAUUUGAUUGAUUCUCAUUUAUUUGGUGCGACUAAUUCACUGGAGAACUUUGAAACAUGACAUUAUGUAUUUAUUUUUGUUUACAAAUUGACUGCGUUUUGGGAAGUUAUUUUCCUUUUCUUGUUGCAAAAAUGUAUUUUUGAGGUAACAACCCAGGGAUAGUCAACAAAUGCCUUGUUUUAUUUUGUGUAAAAUGACAAUGCAAGGUUCUUAUAUUCAUGUUUUUUUUUAUUUCAUUUAAUGGCUCAAAUAUUGAAAAAUAAAAGUCAUCCAAACAAGCUG